GGUGGCUUAUUAACAAUGCACCCAGGGAUCACCCCAAGGGUAACGCCUAAAUUGCCCGAGAUGGCCCGGAAACCUGGCUUCCUUCUGACCCCGCAGGAGGCUCCCGAGAGGCGCCGCUGGGCCACCAGAGGGCGCCAGGGGCGGCGGCGCGCACAGGGCCGCGUCAUGGCCGCGGCGCGCGUGCAGCUGCUCUUGGCCGGGCGUCUGGAGUCCGUAAGCUUCGCGCGGAGCGUGUGUGGCCUCCUGGGCGCUGGGCCCGGGCCGGGGCCGUGGCCCACGUACUGCGGCUUGGAAGGAGGACGACUGAUCCUCUCGGACAAGCCAUUCCCAGGCUCCGCGGCUAAGCUUCCGCUCCAGCGACCCCCUUUCUGCCCUUUUGCGGCCCUGGACCAGCAGCCCAGGCCCCCCGGGGCUGAGCUGCCCACGAAUCGAGGUGUGGAUCUGGGUGUGGCCGUCAUUCUGCAGUCCAGCGACCAGACUGUCUUGCUGACCAGAAGGACACGCACCCUCCGCGUUUCACCCAACCUCUGGGUACCCCCAGGUGGACAUGUGGAACUGGAUGAGGAGCUGCUGGAUGGAGGACUCCGAGAGCUCUGGGAGGAGACUGGACUGCGGCUGGCACAGGGCCAGUUCUCUUGGGUCCCUCUGGGACUAUGGGAGUCUGCCUACCCGCCUAGGCUGAGCUGGGGUUUCCCCAAAUACCAUCACAUUGUUCUCUAUCUACUCGUCAUCUCCCAGGAGUCACAGCAGCAGCUGCAGGCCAGGAUCCAACCAAACCCAAGUGAAGUGAGUGCUUUUAUGUGGCUGGGACCAGAGAUCGCAGCUGCAGUGGCUGCCACGGAGGAUGGGACAGAAGCACCCAGAAUCCUCCCCCCGGACCUACCACUCUCUGUGGGAGCGGUGGAACUAGAGGAGGGCAGGGCCCGAGCCGUGGCGCUCCCCACAUCCACGCUGCUGCGGAACACCCCCCCUACCAUGGAGGACAACCCAGAGAGGGUCAGCUCUGGCACCAAGUUUGCCCUCGGGCUCUGGCUGCAGCAGCUGGGCCGGUAAAGUCCUCAGUGUGGCAAGUGUGGACCCAGGCCGCAAAGGAAGAACAGAACGUGGACCCUCCUCCCCUACCCCAGUGCUCUGGAAAGGGA